AGACAUCAGCAAGAUACAGUCCGGUCAUAGGAUGGUCAAUGUGGAUUUCAGAAUAUGUUUCUUCAAGAAGUUGUGUCCAUGAUGCGAGUAAACUCAAGAGAGAACGGGUUUUGUUCAGGGUGAUCUUCUAGCAGCCCAGAGGCUUCCUGUCCCUAGCAAGGUUUUGAGUUCUGAUACUAAGGAUUUAGUUUAUGCAGUAAGACGUGCUUACUCUGCUGUUCCAUCCAUUUAUAUCAUAACAGUUGCUAUUCCUAGAACAUCACCUCCACCCACACUUGAAAGUGUAAUUAAAGGGGGACAUUCUGUGGUGCAUGUGUACAUCAAGCGCCAUAUCACUAAAAAAUGUCUUCAAACUGAUGACGCUGUGGAAAAUAUGUGCACAGAAAUACUGGCAGCCAAGGAUGCAUUAUUGAACGAACGUAUAGCAGAACACAGUUUUGGCGAUAAAGGAUUCCAAGCUAUUGGUCGGCCACUAAUGUGUUUCUUGGUUGUUAUAUCUUCAAUUUUGUUGUGGGCUCUAAAGCUCAACUUUGUCUGCCGUUCUAGACUGCUUGUAUCGAGUGUUGCCUUCUUUACUGGCCGGAUGCUUGAUGUGUUUGGCUUUGGAGUGCUUUCGAUGUUGCAGUGUUUAAUGGGAGCUGCUAUAGCAAACAUUACUUGGUUGGAUCACCUUAAGCCCAUCUGUGACGUGUUGAUUCCUAUUGUUUGCGAAUCGAUCUCGGUUUGCCCUUUUGGUACAAUAGAUUGGUGACGUACGAUCCAGUUUUAAUAGACUUCUGUAUAUAAUGUCUGAAAUUAUGACUGGCUUG